GAUGUGUGCUGCCUGAAAGAGAGCAGGUCUCCACUGGUGAUGGUCUACUGUCUGAUUUGCUGACCGCUUCUGUCAGCCUUUAUAAAGCAGAACUAGUUGUCUAGCUGAACUGCAACAGAACUACAAUUUGAACAUCCACUGCAGUGUCCCAUCUAAGUGGCAUUAGCAGAGACUGUCUCACUGCAUUGCAAGAAUUAGAGGUUCCAGUGACCAGCCUUUCCCCUAGGACAGAUCUCUCCUCCUGUACGAUAGCUGUGUGGUUCACAAACUGUUACUGAUGUUGUGCCUGGAGAAACUCAGCAAGGCUUCAGAGCCAAUUGUGUUGGGAAAAGAAGGAGUUUGGUGCUGGAAUAGAGCCCGGAAGGCAAUGGUUGCUUCUCCCAAUAUCUUAACCCCAGACAGGAUUCCAGAAUUCUGCAUCCCACCCAGAUUGAUUAGCUCCCACCCUGCAAGGGAUCCCAGCUCCCGCAUCCAGUCCUAUGCAGAGACCAACCUGUACCCUCAUUGUGAACCUGUUCACAACCCCAGCACACAGCUGCCACAUAUCCUCUCAACUGAAAUUGCUAAUAACUUCAUUUCAAUGGAAGAAAGCACCAACUCAGACCCACAGUCACAGGCAGCACUUUCCCUGCUCCAUUUCCCCAAGGUGCAGACCUCCUAUGGAUUCUGCACUUUGCUGGAGAGUUCCCAUACCCGAAGAAAGGAGAGUAUUUUCCACAGUGACCCAUGCAGCUCUUCUAUGUCCUGUCUACUGUUGCUUCCAAGUUCCAGAAUCUGCUGCAAAGGAGUAGAUUCCAGCAUCAUCAGCUCUACCGCCACCAGACUCCCUUCUAGGCAUCCACACCUGCCAAGACAAGACACUUGUGAAUGUGAUACUGCUUCCUCCACUGACUCUUCCCCUUUCACCUCCUCACUUCUCAAAACAUUCCUUCCCAGAUCCUGCUCUUUAUUUACAAUCCAGAGCCCAGAGAGACUGCUCUGCAGGGCUUUAAAGGCAGAAAGCAAAUCCAGAAUGCUAAGGGAGAACUUAUCCACAGAUGAAGACAGCUCCACAGACAACAGCCCCAAUCCCAAUAGACGGUCUUUGGCAAGUUUAUGCGAGGGCUCAAGCACACAAAGCUCUUCUGGGUCACAGUCACCCAUCUUUCCCCAGGAUUUUACUAAUGGCAGAGAGGGACUUAGAAAUGUGCGUACAGUGUUUCUUGAUAGAAGAGGAAUCUUGAGACUGUCCUCUGACUACUGUCCUGAAAGCAGAAGGCUUAGACUCUGUCUGAUAAGUGCUGAAGGCUUAUAUGAUGUAUUUAUGGAACCUAAAAGGAUUAACUGUUGUAUCACCAUCUCUCUUGUGCCAGGGAAAGUUCAGAAACAAAGAAGCACUGUUAUAAAGAGAAGCAGAAAUCCCAUCUUUAAUGAGGACUUCUUCUUUGAUAGUAUUUCUAAGGAUGAUCUUCAUAGACGAUCAAUCAAGAUAAAAGCUGUGAAUAAAACAUCUACUAUGAAGAGAGAUUAUAUUUUAGGUAAAAUUGAACUUUGCUUAUUGAAUAUGGUGCCUAUCUGAGGGGCACAGGAAAGCAAUAUAAGUCUAGUCUAUUUUGAGCUAGGUAAAUUCACUUUUGAAUAAGAUGUGUAUUUUAUGUGGCUAUGUUACUUUCCCUUCUUAUGUUAUCUCUUUCUAUUUUACAAUUAAUUGAUGUUAUUGUUAAAUCAUAAUUGGCAAGCAAAGUUUUAUUUUCAAGUACAUCAUGUGUAAGUGGCUGAUAUUAAGCAAGGUUUUUUUUUUUCCACGUAUCAGUAUUUAAGUUCUACUAUAGAGGGAACUUAAAGGAUCUCUUUACCUUAAUUUAAAGCAAUUGCAGGAUCCUUUGAAAUCCCCACUGCCGUGCACUAAGUUUACGGGCCUAACAGAAAACUGGAGUUUUUGUUAUCAUGUCAGACCACUGGCUUGCUACCCUUGCAGCUGAUAUGGAAGUUAGUUGCAUGUAUUUGCCAACCCUGCAUUUCAACAGAGGAAAGAAACUUCCUAUUUAAAAAGCAAUACAUUCGUUCACAAUUUGGUAAGAGGUACUAAGUGUUGGACAUGACUUUAGAUAUAGUUUGGGAGUUUGCAGCAAUAGAGAUUUACAUGUGUGAAUUAGAGGCAAUUUAUCAUACAUAUGUCAAUGACAACUUAAUCCCUAUUCAUCUGCCCAAGAGAUGUCAUAUGUUUGAAAGAUGCUAACUUGGCUCAGGAAAAUUCUUUAAGUGCCAGGUUAUAGAAUGAGCAUGUUGUUAAUCUAUAACAUUACUUAGAACAAUGCUUCACUGCUGCCGCAUGAGUAUAUAUACACAUCAAUUAAUACUUGCAGUUAUCACAACAGGGUCCUAGCUAUUAAUAAUUUAAAUGCACCAAGGAGAAAAUUCAUAUGAUGUACUCAUUCGAUACUAAAAGGGAUGGCACUUUAUUUAACUUAAGGGGAAUAUUUUACAGGUUUUUUUUUUGCUACCAUUUAACCAAGAAAAACUAUUUUAAUACAGUAUGUUCAGUGUGGUUGCAUGUGUGCCUCAUUUUCAUGAAGAAAUAUUUAAUUUUUCUUUGCCUAGAUUUAUUUGUAACUGACGGGGAAUUUUGACAGUGUAAGGACUGCAUGACUGGCCAACAUUAUAAGCAAAAUAUUUACAGGCAAAAAGGUCUGUAGUACGUUGUUAAUUGUAAAUUAAGGCAGAGAACAUUUGUGGCACAACUUAAUUGCUGUUAACUAGGAAAUUGCACUAUUGGUGAAUUGGUGUAUUGACAGUUUUUUAAUAACUCCAAAAAUCCCACUUUCUUACUUUAAAGUUCAUGCUCAUAUGAUCAGGUGUUUAAUGCCACCCUGGUUGUACUUAAGAUUUAUUUUAAUACGAUACUACCACGCCUUCAGGGCUUCCAGAAAAGGUAAUUCCUUCUACCCCAGUAGUUUGGGUAUGGGCUCUAGGAUCAUGGGUUUUAUCUAUCAGAAUGGGAAAGUGGUCCAUUAACUUCCUUAGCAUGCUUCCAGCAGCAUUCUAAGCCUCUUGUUGGGGAAGGCACAUAAAAUCCUAACAUCUGGACACUUGUUCUCUAGUGCAUCUAGGGGAAAAGGGCUUCCAAUGACAACCUGGUGGUACUGAGCUCCUGCCCUGAAGAAUGAUUUGAUUACCUCACCUGAUGUUUAAGCUUUGCAAAUGGCUCCAUCCUAGCUCACAUGAGCCUGAGCCUGAUCCACCCUGUGUGGCAGUACACGAAAGUGUGUUCGCAUCGGUGGUCUUGACAGCCAGAACAGAAACCACAAAAGCUCUUGCCAUUGCAUGUAUGAGAACCACCUCAGUAAUAAACACCUAGUGGGUUCCCUCAAGAUUGACUCUAACCAUACAGGGGUUAAAAAUGAAAGCAACCACCUUUACACAGAGUCUGGCCAAGAUAUAAGAUAGGUAAAAAUGAGGGUAAUUUACUUCAGACAUCUUGCCCUUACUGUUAGAUAGAUAGUGAAUAGGAUAGGGCUAUAACACAAUUAGCUAUUCCAAUAAUUAACUACUUACAGUGAAUCC